AUGGAAGGUUAUGCAAAAUUGGCUUCCUUGAUGGGAGCCAAUCCUGAAGUGGCUAUUCUUCGUCGGUUUGGAGCGAUGAACGCUCAAAAUCUACUAUAUUUUCAAGCGGAACUAGUAGCGUUGGAAGAUGACCUUCGAUAUUAUGCUGACCAAGACUCUGCAUCGGAUGACCUCGAUCGAAAACUUUAUUCAGAGUGCUGGGACUAUCUCAGCAAAUCGGACGAUAAGAGUAGUGGUAGUGACGAAAGAGCCGGACAACAAUGGCGGACAAUGCUCAGGAUACGUGAAAAACUGAAAGAGUAUAACGAAGCGCUUCUGCACCAGACGGCGCUCGCAGGUCUUCAGAAGCCCAACCCCAGAGAUCUCUCCUUUCUCCAGCAAUGGAUGGAAUCUGUCUCAAUGGGCAAUGUGCGUCUGGUGGGCCAAGACAGUGAUGUCUGGUCAAAGCCGGAUAAAUCAGACCUCAUCGCUCUACAAGCUCGGCACGCCGACGAUCCUCUUACGGCCUGGGUAACUAAUACAGGGGUGCACUGGUGGCAUCAGGUUGUUGGGAAAUAUCUGAGGCAACCAGAAGCCACGAAUUGGUCCGCCAAUACAGUCUCCUACUCACAAACUGGGCUCUCCCGCCUCCCGUCCCUCGUCGGUGUAGUUCUAGCUUCUCUACUCCCGAUCGCCUCCAUCGUUGUCCUGUACACAAUCAGCUCUGAUCUAGUACGCUUGAUCGUGAUUGGACUUUUCACGGCUGGCUUCUCAACUAGUCUGAAAUUGGUGACGAAUGCGAGACUAGUUGACGUGUUCACUGCUACUGCCGCCUUCACUGCUGUUCAGGUGGUUUUUGUGGGAACGAAUGGGAGUGCAGGUGGAAACAAUCAUUGA